AUGUCUACGAUCACACUGCAAAAUGGAAUUGAGAUGCCGAUUGUGGGGCUGGGAACUUGGCAGGUAAGUGGAGGGGAUAACAAAUUGGGAGCGUAGCCAAGUGCUUAUUAACCGCCCUUCCCCAAAAUUCUCCAGCAACGCCACUGCAACAAUUUCAAGUUCUUUUUUUUGUCCAAUUGUUUCAUUAUGUACUGGAAAGAGAGCCCAUGUGUGUAUCCUAGUCGCACCAAAAUCUCCCACCUCGCCGCAAUCAAAUCUCUAGCUGCGGCCGCGAUCGCAAAGCGGAUGGGCGAUUUCAAGUCGCGACUUCCCGAUGUUAUUUUCCCGGCAGACUGAUACUCCAUUGACAAGGACACUCACACGUUUAGCCUACUUUGUAUCGAUUAAAAUCGACUAGUUUGCGAUUUGCAGAAGCGGCCUAAAUUUUUAGACAAAAAUCCUCGGCAAAAAUUUGAUACUCUUUUGCGAAUUUUGGCAUCAAACGUUUUAGACCUACUUCUACCGCAAAGUGUAAUUUUCCCACAAAAAAUCUACUUUCUCCACCAGAAACCAGCAUAAAUAUGGCCAAAAAGUGUUUUCUUUGCGACUGCUCUCCGCAUUCCGCGCACUCUCUCGACCGCAAAGUGAAUCUCUUGAUUGUCCAGAAAAAGUGCAAAUUAAAAUUUACUGGAAUUGAAAUUGGCCCAAGCUAGAAGUGUGUGUAAUGUUCGCGAUCUUUAGGCCAGAGAGCCAUGUAACCGUGGGAAAGUCGAUUAUUUUUGUAAGCGUUUGUCAGCGGAUACGAUAUGAAUCGCUCAGUUUUGCGUCCCAGUUUUUUAAAGCUUCAAAAAAACUCCAGUCCUCAACGUAUUUUACAAAGUCAUGAUCCAUUUUAGACCAUCAACGAAGACGGAAUCAAAGCGAUUCAGGGGGCUUUGGACGCCGGCUACAGGUUGAUCGAUACUGCCAGUGCCUACAACAAUGAGGAAGAGGUCGGGAAAGCCUUGGAAGAGUAUUUUAAAAGCGGAAAGUUGAGCCGGAAAGAUGUCUUUAUCACUACUAAAGUAAGUAAAACAAAAGAUCUAUGUAAAAUUGUCGUCAUUUUAGCUGUGGUGCAAUAACAGUCGUCCGGAAGACGUUGAGCCGACCUUGAGGAAGCAGCUGGCCGCCCUUCGUACUGACUACGUCGAUCUGUACUUGAUUCAUCAUCCAACGGCGUAUAAUGUAAGCAUACUGGGAGAUUUUGGUGCGACUAGGAUACACACAUGGGCUCUCUUUCCAGUACAUAAUGAAACAAUUGGACAAAAAAAAGAACUUGAAAUUGUUGCAGUGGCGUUGCUGGAGAAUUUUGGGGAAGGGCGGUUAAUAAGCACUUGGCUACGCUCCCAAUUUGUUAUCCCCUCCACUUACCUGCCAAGUUCCCAGCCCCACAAUCGGCAUCUCAAUUCCAUUUUGCAGUGUGAUCGUAGACAUACCGAAACAAACACUCCCAACAAAACUCUGAGUGAAAUAGAGGCUCGAAAAGUCUUUAUAAAGUAACACGCAGCACUAUAAAACUGGGCGCGAUAUUUGUGCUUUAUGUGGCCGCGAUGACAAUUAGAGGGCGGCACAAACUAGAAACACUUCUUGUACGGAGAGAAGGGGAGUGAAACAUUUACUUGAAAGUGAGGCUGAAAGAGCUAUCGAGGACCAAUCUUUUCACGGGUUGAGGUUUAUAAAUACCUUGGUUUUGCAAAGCGAAUUAAUGAAUUGUGGGGAAACGAGAGAAAAUGUGUAACAAGCAAAGCCAGUUAACUCCAAAGCCGCUUAAAACAGAGGGAAACAGAGUGAGAAACGCGGACGAAAAACAUACUUGUUCAGAGGGCAAAAGAACAGAGGGUAAAUUAAAACGGUAACCGUUCAAGAUUACCAUUUUAAAAUUUGGCCUUAAAAAAUUUGGCCUCAAUUCCAGAAAAUUUUUGUUAUCACUUUGCAGGCGUAGCCGAGAAUUCGCAAAUAGCCUAUUUCAAGACGCGACAAAUCCACAUUAUUUUCCCAACAAACUGAUACAUGAGCAUUGCUCUCAGCCAGAGUCUUUAACUCUCGCACACAAGCCCUUGAGAUCAUAUACAAAUCACUGAAAAUGUUUGUUCGCUCUUUGUAGGUGUAUCCAAUAGAUUUGACGUGGUUUGAUGACGACAGCAGGGGCGUACAGUGGGAAACCUGAUCUUGUAGCAAUAAAGUAUCCGAGAAGUGUCAAAAAUGUGGCAAAAUGCUUCCCUCUCCAAGUGAAAAAUUCCGAUUUCAAAAGGGCCCUCGCACGUCAAACUGAGAAGUCCGGUGACCGGAAUAGACUCUUCGCUAUCGGUUUUUUACACUUCGUCAUGAUUUCGCAGAGAAAGAGAGAACAAAUGCACGCAAAAACGUACUCUCUCGCCCCAAAAACUCCCCAUUUCUUCCCCGACAAAGCGGUUUUUAGCGUCUUUUCUUAAGAAAAUUGGCAAAUGGCCAAUCCAUUCACCGGACUGUUUUAGCUUAUCUCAGUUUGACGUGCCCCGCUCUUUUGUAAGGGAAAGAAAAGGAAGUUCUUUCACUUGGAGAGGGAAGCAUUUGGCCACAUUUUUGAUGCCUCCCGGAUGAAAAAUGGUACGUUUUUUGCCACUGGAUCUGGUCCGUCACUGUAGUAUGGGGGACCAACAUCAAUUUUUUAUAUAGUGCCCUCCUGAGGGCCUUCUUUUUGAGAAAUCUCAGCAAAUAGUGUUUUAUAUAAUAAGUUUGUCCCAAGUUUCCUCAAAAUCUAAGCGUCAAUUCUCGAGUAAUUUAGCCUUAAAAAUUUUUCUUCAUUUUCCCAUCUUUGCUCGCUUAAUUUCCAGAUGCCUUCCUUUUUCGUUGCCCCAUCUCCAAAUUCCAUGCAAAUUUUUAUGAGCCCCGUGGAUAUGGUCGCAAUUCCAUAA